GGCGUCUGACGCGUGUGUUACGCUCUUGUAUAAGUACCGAGCGCCGACCUUACUCAUUCUCUUUCAAUCGGCUCGGAGACAAAAUGUCCCACCGUAAGUUUUCGGCUCCCCGCCACGGAUCCCUGGGCUUCCUCCCACGCAAGAGGAGCAGGCGUCACCGUGGUAAAGUGAAGAGCUUCCCCAAGGAUGACCCCAGCAAGCCAGUCCACCUCACAGCUUUCCUCGGCUACAAGGCUGGCAUGACUCACAUCGUGCGUGAAGUCGACCGACCUGGCUCAAAGGUCAACAAGAAGGAAGUGGUUGAGGCGGUGACUAUUGUGGAGACUCCCCCUAUGAUGGUGGUUGGAGUUGUGGGAUAUGUCAUGACCCCUCGUGGCCUGAGGGCGUUCAAGACCGUCUUCGCCGAGCACGUCAGCGACGAGUGCAAGCGUCGCUUCUACAAGAACUGGUACAAGUCCAAGAAGAAGGCCUUCACCAAGUACUGCAAGAAGUGGCAGGAUGAUGAGGGCAAGAAGCAGUUGGAGAAGGACUUUGCUUCCAUGAAGAAGUACUGCCAGGUCAUCCGUAUCAUGGCCCACACACAGAUGCGCCUGCUGCCCCUGAGGCAGAAGAAGGCUCACCUGAUGGAGGUGCAGCUGAAUGGUGGCAGCAUCGGCGACAAGGUCGACUGGGCCCGUGAGAAGCUGGAGCAGGCAAUCCCCAUCACAAAUGUGUUCUCCCAAGAUGAGAUGAUCGAUGUCAUCGGUGUCACCAAAGGUCACGGUUACAAGGGUGUGACGAGCCGUUGGCACACAAAGAAGCUGCCCCGUAAGACCCAUCGUGGUCUGCGUAAGGUGGCCUGUAUCGGCGCCUGGCAUCCUGCCCGUGUGGCUUUCUCUGUGGCCCGUGCUGGUCAGAAGGGUUACCACCAUCGUACGGAAAUCAACAAGAAGAUCUACAAGAUUGGCCAGGGCUAUCACACCAAGGAGGGCAAAGUGGUCAAGAACAACGCCUCCACAGAUUACGAUCUGUCCAACAAGAGCAUCACUCCCAUGGGUGGCUUUGUGAGCUAUGGUGAGGUGACCAAUGACUUCCUGAUGCUGAAGGGCUGUUGCAUUGGGAUCAAGAAGAGGGUGCUGACCCUGCGCAAGUCUCUGCUUGUGCAGACCAACCGUCGUGCUUUGGAGAAGAUCGACCUCAAGUUCAUCGACACCACUUCCAAGUUCGGACACGGACGCUUCCAGACAGCCGAGGAAAAGAAGGCGUUCAUGGGACCACUCAAGAAGGACCGGGUUACCAAGGAGGAGACCGCUUGAGGUUCCGGAGUUGGCUGGCUGUGGUCGCAUGUGCAUUAUGUGCUGCAGCUUUUCAAUAAAAGGAAAAAAAGAGAAA